GCGUGGGUCGGUUAAAUCUAGCCACAAGUUUCAAAACUUUCAAACAUAGUAGAGACACGGAGAGACGAAUUGUCGGACGGCCUCGCUGACUGAGUGAAAUCAACUGCUGAACCGCAAAAUCCAAACAAGAGCUGUUGUCUUUUGGAAAAAAAAGAAAGUGGACAAAAGAGGCAGAGUCACUGUGGAUUUUUUUUUCUUCAGAGGGAAUAUUCUACACCACAACUUGUUUGUUUUUGUCUUUCCCUCUUUCCCCCUCUCCUCUCAGAUCUAAAUGCUUUAUUUUAGGAUUUGUGCACAAAAUUCAUCAAAUUCCUAUUUUUAUUCUUCAAUUUUUUGCCAUCUGAAACAUUUUGAAAUUUUCAAACAAACGAAAGCAGAAAUUUGCUGGACAUAAAGUUAGGGCUGCAAUAGGAUGAAUUUAACUGAGCCCAACCUGCCUAGAGAGACUUCUCUGCAUCCCAGCCAAAUGUCAUUUGGAGGACGCUGGACAUCAGAGACCCCAAGUCCUGCUUCAGAUCUUGAAAUGGAAUUUGAAGAGAGCCUCUCGGCAGACUGCAGCUCUCCCGAUGCCCCUGGAGAGGUGCGGAGAUCCGAACCAAGGAUGACUCUGACAGCCAGUUCAAGGGGACAAAGCCCUGAUUUGACCCAGGGAGGAGGUGUGUCAGCUGGGGUUGGUGAUGAAAAAGCCUCAGGGGCCGAGCAGAGGAUCCGCAGACCGAUGAAUGCCUUCAUGGUUUGGGCUAAAGAUGAGAGAAAGCGACUGGCCCUGCAGAACCCUGACCUUCACAACGCUGUGCUCAGCAAAAUGCUUGGUCAGUCUUGGAAGGCCCUGAGCUCUACAGACAAGCGACCAUUUGUAGAAGAAGCUGAACGUCUCCGUGUUCAACAUCUCCAGGAUCACCCAAACUAUAAGUACAGACCACGGCGUAAAAAGACCACUAAGAAACUGAAGCGAGUUGAACCUGGGCUCUUGCUGCACAGCUUAGCUCAAGGUGGGGCCCCUGGCCUUGGGUUGGGUUCCUGCAUCGGUCCUUUGGCUGCUGAAACUGUAUCUGGUGCAUCUGCUUAUGUGCACCCGGCCCACACUUCCCACCACCAUCACUCACACCAGCUGCUGCCAUCUUUGGGGCACUUCAGAGACCUUUCCACCCCAGGACACGCAGAGCUGGAGAGUUACGGCUUACCCACCCCAGAGAUGUCUCCAUUGGAUGUUCUGGAAGAUGGAGCCGGGGAAUCUGUGUUUUUCCCCCAGCACAUGCAAGACGAGGCAGGGAUGGGGGGUUGGAGUGGUUACCACCGGCUUCAUCAUCACAACCCACAUUACAGCCAGCACUAUAACAACCACAGUCACCAUAACUCCAUCAGUGUUAGUGCCAGUUUAAACAGCGGGUUGAAUGUGAGUCUUAGUCCAAACAGAACUUCCAGACUUGAUUCUAGAAUAAGCUCUGCUGAAUUAAAUCUGACCUCAAGCAUUAGCUCUGUCAGCUCUAAGAUAACGCCUGCUCAUGCUUUCAGUCAUCAAGUCACCUUAAGGACUCCUGUGAAAUGUCCCCCAACUUUAAAUGCUUCCUCAACCCCUGUAUCUUAUCCUCGUCCUUCCUUUAGCCUCCCUGAGCCAGUAAAAUGCCAGCAAACAACUCUAAGCACAGCUCCUGCUGGCUACCUGAACCAAAUGUAUGCUAGCUCUACCUCUAAUACUACACAUUUCACUCCCUCACAUCUGGGACAGCUUUCCCCCCCUCCUGAAACUUCUUCCCCAUCCUGCUCCUCCUCCUGCAUCCUCCCUGCAUCCACAUUUGGUCGUCCUGCACACUCAGACCACCCCAAUCUGGAGACGAGUGGCCAGAUUGGGUCUUCCUCUGCUGAGUUUUGGUCUGAGGUGGACAGGCAUGAAUUUGACCAGUAUGUCAAUAUGGGACGGAAUCGAGAGGAGUCCUAUGGACUUGUUGGAGGGUGUGGAGGUGGGUUAAAGGUUCUGGGUGGGUGUAAUAACACUGUUGGAGGCAGUAACAGUAUUGUUAGCAGUGUUAUCAAUAGGGAUGCCAGCAGUAUUAUGAGUGGUAAUGGUGGCUGUGAUGAUGGGAGCAGCCCUCUGAUAUCUGCUCUGUCUGACGCUAGCAGUGCUGUUUAUUACAGUGCCUGUAUAACUGGAUGAAUACAGGAUCUCAUAGCCUACAUAGCGUUUACUCUAAAUGUUUCUCUGUUGGAUUCAUCUAAAACAAUUUUGACAUUAUAGGGUUUAAUUUCUAUAUUAUUACCAUUAGUUUUUAUCUUUUUAAAUGUGAAAAAAUCUUGUUUGACCUUGGGUUUUGGCCCUUUAUCAGACAGAAGGCCAAAUUAUAUUAAAUAUUCUGACUUCUUUUUUUAUUUCGAGAUUAUUUAUAAAGUUUUCAUUGUAAAGACCGGAUCAGACAUCAAAGACAGAUAAUGCUGAAAGAUUUAAUCAACAUUAAAAGACUAUUCGCUACAUACAAAGACUGUAUUUUUUCCUUGUUUGUUUUUUUUGGUUUUUGGUAGUCUAACUUUAGGCAGAAAACAGAAUCUGAUCAUUUAGAUGUUAUAUAUUCUGCAAUUAGACACAUUAACGACCAACAGCUGUUACAUCUCUCUAUAUCCUUGUGGUCAAAAUGUCGUUUAUAAUCUGUCAUAAUUGGAAAAAAAAAGAAA